GGGGGACCCCCCCACCCAUGCUUAGGCCCUUCUCCUCACCAUUCGUAACUGAUAAGAGGGACAACAUCCACGACUCCCACAAUGGUCAGAUUCAUCACCAAGCAGUACAGAUACUUCAAAGAACAUACAACACCAAUGUACAGGAAGAAGUCAUGUCUCCGCAACAGUUCUGGCCGCAGAAAUUAUUCACUCUAUGUAAGCAGGGUCCUAAAGAAAGUUGCUCCCCAGAGGGGCAUAUCAUCCAGCACCUUGGACAUCAUGAAUGCCCUGAUCAACAACAUCUUCGAAUGCAUUGCUACGGAAGCCCACCACCUGAUGUGUUCCAGAAAUCGCUGUACCCUCACCCCAGAAGACAUCGAGAAGGCAGUGUAUUUGCUGUUGCCUGGGGAACUUGCUAAGUUUGCCGUGGCUUUCGCAAGCAAAGCAGUCCACAAAUAUGUCCACUCUUAAACUCCACGUACCAGCUUCAUCGAAUCUUGAGGAAAGUAAAUGAAGCUUAACCC